GCCGACAACAUCGGAAAAGUCGGCUAUGGUCCGUCAGCUCGACGUCAACAUUAGAAUAAAAACAUCGUGAAACUUGUUGCUCGCUGAAAAAUCCGCCACAAAAUGCCUGAAAGAAGGAAACUACACAUCGCAAGAAACUUCAAUUCAAAAUGUCGGCGCUUUGACAGACCUGCAGUUUCCGCAAGUUUAAAGAUCAAGCGAUAGAAAACAAAGCAGCCACGAAUGUUUGCAAUCGAAGCUUUACGCCAGGAGUUGAUCCGAGCAGUCCUAUCCGGAAGACAAAGCCGAGCAACCAUCACCUUAAUCACGUACAGCCCUAACUACCUACAGCCUGCAUACAACCACGACAAACUCCUCAAACCCACGUCCAAAAACCGCACAUCCAUCCCACGAACCCAAUCCCACGCCAACGCCCCCAAACCGUCACCGCACCCACGCACCCCUCCACCACCUUCUCUCCUACCUAUAUCGCCAUAAAGCCCCCCGCCAUCCCAACCGCACAUCACGCCCCCAGAGCACCAGCCACCAAGCCAGGCCAAGCCAGGCAACUGCAACCGCCGCCCGUAUCCGGCGCAAAGACGCCGGGCGUGGUCGGUCCUUUCGCUUACGGCGCAGAUCAAACCGCUGCAUGGGGCAGGAGAGACGGGUUUAAUUAAAGGGUGCGCGUGGUAGCUAACUGCUGCUACUCCGUACAAUAUUAGCUAUAGCGCGCGCUGUUAUAGCUUAUGCUAGAGAGGGUGAAACGGUGGGAGAAUUUUUUUGUUUGGGGGAGGGGGAGGGGUUGGUGUUUGGGAGAGUGAGGUGGAACGCGGUUGGUUUCUGCUUGUUUUUCGCUUUUGUUUAUUAUUUAUCUUUAUGCUUUUUUUUUUUUUUUUUUUUUUUUUUUUUUUUUUUUUUUUUUUUUUUUUUUUUUUUUUUUUUUUU